ACACUUGCCCGGUGAGCCUGCGCGCAAUCCUUGCUUGGAAACACCCUCAAGAAAAUCGUUAGGCGUGAUUUUCAUUAGAAUAAGAUGGCAUCGGCCUGUAAUUAUAGGUGGAUCUUUCUCGUUAUGCUUUUCCUGGUAGUAAGCAAUAAGCCUCAGAGAAGUUUUGCUCAAUCCGAAACAUAUUCAAUUAACGUAGAAGGUAAAGAAAUCAACUGCAAAAAAUGUCCACCUGGUCACAGAGUUGCGAAAGACUGCGGGCUGGACAGUGAUACUGACUGCACCAGUUGUGAAGAUGGUACAUAUAUGGAUUUUCCAACAGACUUGCGGAAGUGCUUAACCUGCAGGAAACCCUGCGGGCUUCAUGAAAAAGAAACUGCCCCAUGCAUUCCGACUGUGAACCGGGAGUGCAUGUGUAAAGAUAAUGCCUAUCAGUUGGACGAAGAGUGUGUGCCACACAGACAGUGUCCACUUGGACAAGGAGUUUACAAAGCAGGCACAAACAUGUCCAAUGUACUCUGCAGGCGCUGCAUACGUGGUUAUUUCUCAGAUGUAAUUUCAAGCACCGCAACUUGUAAACGGCACACAAACUGCAUUGGAAAUCAUUUGUCAAUUAGGGAAUUUGGAAAUGGGACAGCUGACAACGUUUGUGGACCAAAACCGGUUAAAUCAUUACUUCAGCCUGGGCAGGAACAUUCUACAGAUUCUACUGAUAGAAACAGUAAUGCAUCAGGAUGCCUUCAAGAGUGUGCACACAGCAGUGUGUGUGUGAACACACAAACAAUGUCCAUCAUAGCAGUGGUGCUGGCUUUACUGUUAACACUCUGUGUGACUGGUUGGAGCAUGUAUAUAAGGAAGAGAAAGAAACUAAAGAAGCAUGUUGCAGAUUUAACACAGGUUGAUAAACACUGGAAAUUUAUGAACAGAGAGACAGGUACAAAGAGAAAUGCGUUGCAUGUUGUAGCAGGUAUGAUUGGCAAAGACUGGACAAAGCUGCUUGGAGAACUUGGCUAUACAAAGGACUGGCGGACUAUACGAGAUGAAAAUAAGCAUGUGUAUGACCAGGCGCUGGAGGGGCUGAGGAUGUGGACACAAUGGGAAGAAAAGUCAUCGCUGGUGCUCUUAAAACAAGCAGCAAAGUCAAUCGAUAGAAAUGACAUCUACGAAGCACUGGAUUCACUUACAGAUGAAACAACAAAAAUGGCUGAUAAGGAAAAAAAAGAUCCAACUACUGUUCUUCCUUGCAUAAGGGAAAGAAAAUUAUCAUUUGGUGUGACAAGCAAAAUCGGUCACCAGCAUUUGAAGAAGCCUCUGCUACAAUCAAAUCCCAUUGCAGGAGAAAUAAAUGAAGAUCGAUAAUAAAAAAAACUUUUCACAAAAAAGGGAUUUUUUUUUUGUAGAUAAAGGGACCAUUCAGUCUCAUUUACCAGUAACAUAACAAUAAUUAAUCGCAAGCUUUCGAGAUGUCAAAGGUCUCUUCUUCUUCUUUUCUUUGUCAAUCAUCUGUCAACUACCAAUAACAUAGAAAGGGACUGUACUGUGAACUUGUCAAGAAAUUUGUGUACAUUCCAGGAUAGUGACAAGGGAGUGUGCCAUAUGUUUUUACUAGGAGUCCUUUAGUGUGGAUUUGCACCCACAGACCACAAUUUUUAAAUGAAGCCAGCACAUGCCAAGGAUCUACUGAUCACCGCUCCAAUAUCAGGUCCAGAAACUGGGCUGUCAUGUCAGUAGGCAUUGUGCUGGAAGCAGUCAGUUCUGUUGAAAUGCUGCAGGGACAGGAGGCAGGUACUAGAGCUUCAGCAGGUGGUGGAACAGGUUCCAUCCAGAAAAGUUUGUCUAAUUGUAUAACUUACUGGUAAGUUUCUUUCAAAUACUACUGUAUAGUUUAGGAUUAAGUGUUUAAAGUUAUGAAUAUAUUUAAUGCCAGCAAAGGGAAUGUGCCAUCUAUACUGUUCGAUGUAUUUAUUAUAUUUGGUAUUAACUUAUUAACUGUAAUAAUAAUUCCAUUUUUAAAUAUAUAGAUUGUUACUAUUAUUGAUAUAUAGAUUUUUACUAUUAUUGAUAUAUGAAUUUUUACUAUUAUUUAUAUGUAACACAUACAGACCAAAAGUCAUUUUAGCAGGCAUCAAGUGAUGUUCUACCACCACAUAUCAGAUUACAGUUGUAACAUUAUUAUGAGAUAAUUAACAUUAAAUAAUAAUAGACCAUCA